CCGCUCCCCCUCCAGACCGCCACCUACCGCUCGUUGCCCCCACACGCUCCCUGCCCCUCCUGCCCCGCCAUGCCCGUCUACGCGCGCGCCACGACCGGGCUCUCGCGCGACAACCUCAUCAUCGCCGCGUCCUGCGGCGCCGUGGGCGGGCUCAUCCUCCUCGCCGGCCUCGUCCGCUGCAUCCAACUCGCCCGCCAGCGCGCCCGCCGCAACAAGGCGCCGCUCCCCCCGCCGCAGCCGCUCGCGCACCAUCGGCAGCGCAAGGACACCUUGGUAGCUGCCCGGAUCGCCAGCCAGUACACGGUGAGCGUGAGCGACGCGAGCCUGCUCGCACCGCCGUCGCCGUCUCGGCACGACUCGCUCGGGCCGUCGGAGAGCGGGGCGAGCUCGGAUGAGGGCUCGCUCUACCAGCCGCCGAUGGACGCGAAUGAUACCACGCUGCCGCCGCACCCGCCAUUCAGCUCUGGCCAGAGCUCGUCCGGCCAUGACACUCCGCCGUCCCCCUCUCCCUCGUCGACGUACUCCGCACGCCCCCGCCCUCGCUUCAUCUCGCACACCCGACCUACGUCCACGGCGAGUGGGAGCACGACCUUCUCCCGCACCAGCCGGGCGAUGGGCCCCCGAGGCUCGCAGAUACAGAUCGUACUCCCCGCGCCCCUUGCCCCCGGCGCAUAUCCCGCCGAACUCCGCGGCUCGAUGUACUCGGUGAGCGAUGCCAGCAUCGCCGACAAGUGGGUGCCCGCGCCGUACCGACACGACGGCGUCGAGCCCUCGCGCCAGUCGUCCAGCAGCGUCGGUUCGAUGUCGACCAUGUCGCAUUUGGCACCUUCCGCAUCCCACCGCUCGACGUCCAGCACCCGCCGCUCGCCAUCCCGCUCUCGUUCCCCUGGUCCCUCCUCGCUGUCGAAUUCCACCGAGGCAUCUCCGUACUCUUCUCCAUCUCCAGAUCUGCCGCCAGUACCGCGCGUACCGUCUAUGUACGUCCGCUCGGGUACAUAUCCCCCGCUCACGGUCCCUGGCGAGGAUUUACGACGCGACGAUCCUCGACGCGCCGCCACCUUGCCUCCCGGGGACGCAGGACCGCCACAAGCGCGGUCGCAACUAGGGUAGAAGGAGAAGAAAAGGCGAAAGUGCUGGCACGACAGCGAAGGCGACUAGACGCACCCGAAUAGAGCACCAGAUGCACCAGGCGCGUUAAGUGCCCCAGACGAACCCGGAGAACCCCACUGGACGCGGCGAGGUCCGUCGUACGUGCGCGAGACGCAUCAUGGGCGCCGAGGUUGUAACAUACGCACCCAUCUAAUCCGACGCAGGACAACGUUUCUUGUACAUAGUCUUGUAUGCGCACGCACGACACACUACCUUGCAGCACUAGCAGUCAUUCAAUAGAAGAACACCUUCGUUUCCUACCUUC